UUUCACAAAUACUCUCAAGCAUCAAAAUUAUUCAAACACUUCCUUUCUUAUGCUCUUCUUAAACACAGAAACAAAUGGGUUUUCGUUUACCAGGAAUCAGGAGGUCUUCCUUUGCCACAAGAGUGGCUUCUUCAAAAUCUAGUGAAGUGCCAAAGGGAUAUCUUGCAAUAUAUGUUGGAGAGGAAAUGAAGAGGUUUUUUAUCCCUGUAUCUUACUUGAAUCAACCUUCAUUUCAAGAGUUGUUAAAUGAAGCUGAAGAAGAAUUUGGGUAUGAUCAUCUGAUGGGAGCUCUCACUAUUCCUUGCAGAGAAGAUAUCUUCCUAAAAGUCACUUCUUCCUUCAAUGGGUGCUAGCUUGGAAAGAGAGCAUUAACUUGGAUUAGUCUAACACAAUUUGUAUAGAAGGCAAUUCGGAUGAUAAUUUGCAAUGUAAUGAUUUGCCCCCUCUUUUUCUUCCUCUUCUUUGGGAAGUGUAAAAUUGUUUGUCUCGGUGAAAUUU